AUGGACAAGCGGUGGCUUCCUACAACUGGAAUCCUCUUGGCUGCCUUCCUAGUGGUCUCGGCUUCUACCCUGACCUUUCUCUCUACUAAUGAAGACCCUGAGCAGUUUCCCUCAGCCCCUGGCACAUCAGCUCGGCAAAGUAACAGCAUUCUACUAGGCAACCUGAAAGACAUCACUGGUGGUAUCUCCUUAGUUGAGAGGGAAUUGGAGGCCCUGGGGAGGAGGGCAGGAGCCUCUUCUACAGAAGAAGCUGAGGGUCACGAGUCUCCGUCAAUGCCUGGCCACCCAGGCACGGUCAUACCCGAACCAAUUCCCUCAGCCCUGAACACAUCUGCAUCCGACAUAGCUGUUGACUCUCAGCCCGUGUCCUCUGAGGCUGACCCUGGAAAGGAAGUCUUGGCCCUUGGAACUCUAGAAACAAUUACGAUGUCAUCACCACAGCCUUCUCCCAUACAUGGAUCUGAGUCGAAGUUCAACAAGGCCCUCAGGUUGUGUGGGACAGUUCCUGCCUCCGAAACACUGGAGAAAACUGUCUCAUCUAAACCAAGGCAGCAUUUAAUUAAAGCUUCCCCUCCCCCCACAUCCUCUAGACCUUCAUGCCUGUUAUGGCGCACCCCCAAUCCCUCUCUCCAGAUACCCGUGCCUGCAUGGAGGGAUGGCCGCUCCAGGUCAGAGGCAUCCUCAUCUGAGGCACUGGCUCCAAAUACCUCCUUAGGACUGCCUAUCUUUCCAUGGAUGCCUAACAUGCUGAAAGCUACAGAGCCCCUGUUGUCUGCAUCUCCUGGAGGAUUAGGGCUGGACCUCACCUCCCAAGUGGGCUCCAGGGCAUCUGUAAACACUGUAGCUUUGGACACUGGCUCAGUGGUCCGUGGUACUGUGUAUUCUCGGCUGCGGUCGCCCUCAGCAACAUCCCCUCCACGUGCAUCCUCCCUCCACUCCCAGUCACCCUCCUCAGCAUCAGCCCGGUCUGCAUCCCCAUCACUCACAGCUUUGUCCUUCUCCCCACCGCCAGCCUCAACCCUGGUCCUGGUUUCCUCUGUCACCACAGGAGCCAGUGACUCUCCUAAACCUCCUGUGUCUGUGACUGCACCCUCAACUAAAGACUCUUCCAUUAAAACUUCAAACCUCACACCCCAGAUGGCUCUACAACCCAGCCACCCUGGGCCAUGGCUUCCCACCAGUCCAAUUCACAUUCUCUCCCUCCAACAUUUCUCCAGCCCUCCCUCUACCCCACACAGCUCUGGCUUCACAGAGUCAUCUGUAGAUGCUGGUCCUACGCAGGCCUCUACCCUCCCUCACCCUGGCCAGGAUAUGUCUUUGCAGGACUUGAGUUUCUCUACUCCAGGACUUAGUCAUACGACUCACUCUGUGACCUUUAGGAUCAACAGCAGCUGCUUCACAAAAGCUGUCUGGAACCCGGUACCCUCGCUAUCCUCGGAGUGCUGGCUGUUGAAUCGCCUCAUCUACUACCAGCUCCAGCUCAUCUACCGCGAGGCCUUCUCCAACUUCAAGAAUGUCAGCGGCCUGCUGUUUCGGCCUGGCUCUACAGAGGUGAAAGUCUCCCUCGUUUUCGGUCCUCCGGAUCCCUCAGCCCCAGAAAUCCUCUGGACUUUGUACCGCAAAGUGAAGUCCUCCAGAUGGUCGCUUGGGUACCUGUCCCUGGCUGACCACAGCCUUUCCUCUGAUGGGUACAACAUGACUGACCUCACCCCAGAAAUCAUCAACAUCAGCUUCAUACUCAUGAGGCCCUUCCUGCCCCAGCUGCUUCUGCCUAGUUCUCAGCCUUUUAUCCUGUUGGAAAAGCAGAUCCUCCAGCUGGUCACCCAUGAAGUGUCAAGAUUCUACAAGGCUGAGCUCCAGGGCCGGCCUCUGAUCCUGUUCAGCAAUGUGAGGAAGUGGGUGAGCGUUUACAUGGAAUGCAAGUUCAAGAGCCCCAUCCCCACCCAUCUCCAAGGCCUGGCCAGUCACCUGGCCCAUCACAUAACAGAUCCCGCCCUCCAGAAAUCCAGCAUUAUGGCCAAUGGGGAGAAGGCAGAUCUGGUGUUUUAUGAGAUGUGGCUCUUGAUCCUGGGUCACCCCUUCACCAAGGCCUUGGAGAACAAGACUAGUUCUGAGUCCCAGGAGCUUCGUGGACUGCUGACGAAAUGGCUAACCUCGGUCCUCCAGCCUCUGCAGAACUUUGGUCAAGUGGUGGUGGAGGAAUUCCACCAGGGACCACUGACAACCAGAGUACAACUUGCCUUCUUUGGGGCUGCACCAGCCCAGGCCAUCAUUCAAGACUCCGUGCACCAAGCCCUGGGCUCCCUGCAGGAGGCUGAGGGUCUGCAAUUAGAGAUGCUCCUCCCAGGCCUUGGCACCCCCAGCUCUAGAGCGUCGAGAGGCCCCAGAGGCGGGGCCAUGCUGACCCUCCAGUUCAUCACUUCUCUCCUUGUCCUGGUGGCCCUGUGUACUGCUCCUCCCUUCACCGAGAAGCAAACCCAAUACCUCUCCUAG